UUUUAGUCACAAUUGAUAUGAGCUAAUAUAAAAUAACGUCUGGAAUUGGACGCGAUAGUCUGUUGCAAAAUGGGCGCAUCGGUAGUCUUGCAGUUCUGGUUAGCAUUUUCUCUUCUGGCUUCUCUAGCUCAUGCUAGUUAUGAUACAAGCACUUUAAAGUUAGUACAUGUGUUAUUUAGGCAUGGUGACAGAAAUCCUGAUGAAGACAGUUUAUACCAGAGCAAUCCAUAUUACAACGAAAGCUAUUACGAAGAAGGAUAUGGUCAACUAACAAACGCUGGCAAAGUCACAGAAUACAAUUUGGGCUACGAGCUACGCAACCGUUUCGACUCAUUUCUGGAAACAUCAUGGAACAUAAACUAUGUGGAUACUCGAUCUACCGAUGUGAACCGCACCAAAAUGUCAGCGGAGUUGGUUCUGGCCAGUCUAUAUCCGGCCAGACUCAGUCAGAUUUGGUCAUCGCUUUUUUGGCUACCGAUUCCUUAUAACUAUUACCCUUAUACAGAAGAUAAGGAAAUUUAUCCUUGGGGAGCUUGUUCGACCUACUGGAACAGCUUAGUAAACAGCGCAAUGUCGAGCUCGAAUAUAAGUACAUAUUUUUCUACCCGAUAUAAAAAAAUGAUAACUAUAAUGGAAGCUUAUACCGACAUAACUAUUACAGCGUAUUCCGCAUACACUCUUUAUUUUGGAUUUGCCACACAGGAUGAACUUGGUUUGACAUUGGAAGAUUGGACUUCUCUGGUAUAUCCUGAACCAUUACAUUCAGCAGCUGUCGAUUUUUAUUAUAUUAAUACAAAUACCACAGCUUUGAGACGCAUAUCAGCAGGAUAUUUAUUAAAGAAGAUCUUGUCCGACACCGCUGACAAAAUUAAUGGAACUAUAAGCCCUUCAACCAGGAAAGUAUUUUUAUAUUCAGCUCAUGAAUUGAACGUAGCCUCCAUGCUUCUCUCUUUAGAAGUUUACAAUGUUACUACAAUUGCACCUUAUGGAUCAUACGUAUUAUUUGAACUACAUGAAAUUGAUGAAGUAUAUGGCAUCAAGCUGUUUUAUCAGUUUUACGAGGAAGAUGAUCCAGUACCUGUAAAACUGACUGGCUGCGACUAUUUUUGCCCAUAUGACACUUUUUACAGUUUGGUGGAAGACCUUUUGCCAGAAUCAGAUUCAGAUUGUACCGGUAGUUAAGUUGUAAAUAAUGCGUAAAAAUAAACUUUGAUUUGAUAAUA